UCGUCCUGUGCGAGCAAGCGUCAGCCUGACGAGCACUGACGAGACUUGCCCACUGACCGCUUGACGGGAACCAGUAGCUUGAUGAAGCUGGGCGCGGACGGUCUCAUGAUGGCGGCGUGAGCGAGUCCGGCAACGGCCUGCCAGCAACACGCGCGCGCUGGUGCAGCCGACGAACGAGCUGACCUGCUCAUGAUGCACACGCUCACAUGCUGGCUGACAAGCACCUGCGGCCAGACCAAGAUGACCCUCAUGGGUCCUGCUAUGCUCAGCCUCAUCGUUGUUGUGAUCUUCCUACAAGUGGCUGCGAUAAGCUACUACCUUGCCCGCGCCUUUGUUCGAGCCUACAGGACAAGGUUGCUCGCUAGCGACAAGGUCAGACGGCGGAUCGCACUCUCAGAGCUCGGCAUACGAGAAGAAGGCGAGCAAGGCAGACGACUGAUCGUCGGCUUCUUCCAUCCCUACUGCAAUGCAGGCGGAGGCGGCGAGCGCGUCUUGUGGACCGCCAUCGCCUACCAUCAGUCGAGUGAUCCACGAGCUAUCAUUGCAGUCUACUCCGGUGAUGGCGUCAGCAAAGCCGUCAUCGUCAGCCAGGUCAGAGCACGCUUUGGAAUCUCACUCGACCCAAUGCGCAUCAUCCUCGUCAGUCUCUCCAAGCGUGUCUGGGUGGAAGACGCGACCUGGAAGCGGAUCACACUGCUCGGACAGAGUCUCGGGAGCAUCGUACUCGGUCAUGAGGCACUCUCAAAGCUUGUGCCAGACGUCUUCAUCGACACGAUGGGAUAUGCGUUCACAUUCCCGCUCGUCAAGGCACUGACUGCUGGCAAAGUACCGGUGGGCGCCUAUGUUCAUUAUCCGACCAUCUCUAGCGUCAUGGUCGAGCGGAUACGUGCCGAUGCGCCACACGACCGCGGCUGGCUGAGAGCGAUGUUGGCCCACGUCAAGCAUGUCUAUUACCUCUUCGUCAUGGAAGCGUACAGUCUUGCACUUCGACAAGCAGACGAGCUCAUGGUCAACUCCUCCUGGACCCGCUCGCAUGUCGAACGCCUCUUGCGGCCGUUCAUGCAGCGCGAUGACGACGACGACGACGAGCAUGUCCGACUGGCCGAGCGAAGGCUCAAUGACGACUUUGAGCGUGCCGAAGCAAAAAUGGCUCCUCCUUCUGGUGACGAGCAAUCUCGUGACCCUCUGAAGCUGGACGCGCCAAGUCUGCGUCAUCGGAAAUCGCAUACCACCCUAUACACAGCGGCAGAAGCAAGCACUGCGUCGCCCAAUGAACCAGUCGAGCACAGUCCGAAGUCUAAAGCUACGCUCGUCUAUCCGCCGUGCGAUACGAAGGCGCUCGCCAAUUUGCCGCUGACUGACCGCGAGGUCAUUCUGCUCAGCGUUGCGCAGUUUCGACCGGAGAAGAUGCACAGAACUCAGAUCGUCGCUCUUAAGAUUCUGUUCGACAAUCAGCCGCAAUUCAGGUCGGGCCAACAUGCAGUGAAGCUCAUCAUGGCCGGAUCAGUGCGCAACGACGAGGACAGAGCCCGAGUAGAUGCACUCAGGUCGCUCGCAAAGUCUCUUGGCGUGCAAGAUUCCGUCGAGCUCGUCGUCAAUGCGCCUUACCCUGAGAUCGUCAAACUAUACGCACGUGCUAGCGUCGGCGUCAACAGCAUGGUAGACGAACAUUUCGGUAUCAGUGUCGUCGAAUACAUGGCAGCAGGUCUGAUACCACUCGUGCAUGCAUCCGCCGGUCCCUUUAUGGAUAUCGUCGUGCCCGUCGAGAACAAAGCUACUGGCUGGCAUGCAGAAUCCGCGCAUGACUUUGCGGCAAAGAUGUACAUCAUCCUCAGCAUGAGCGACAAGGAUCGACUGGCGAUGCGCAGACGAGCCAGACAGCAUGCAAUCGACACAUUCUCAGAAGCCAAUUUCGAGAAGGGAUGGCAAGCAUGCUGGCAGAGACUACAGACUGGCAUAGACAUUCAUUAGACAUUGUGCAUUGCACUGAAUCUCAUACA